AUGCCCCGCCGGCGCGGAACGAGUACGUCACUUCCGGUCGACAGCGGAAGGCAGAAGGCCGCGCGGAUCUGCGGCCUGGGUCACUGGUGCGUGGUGAUGCCGAGCCUUCAGAUGCUGGUACUCUUCGGCAGCCAGACUGGCACUGCCCAGGAUGCGGCGGAGAGGUUGGGCCGCGAGGCCCGGCGCCGACGGUUUGGUUGCCGUGUGCAGGAGCUGGAUUCGUAUGCCGUGGCGAAUCUGAUUAGGGAGCCCCUGGUGAUAUUUGUUUGUGCAACUACUGGCCAAGGAGACCCCCCUGACAACAUGAAGAACUUCUGGAGGUUCAUAUUCCGGAAGAACCUGCCAGCCACCUCCCUCUGUCAGCUGGACUUUGCCGUGCUGGGCCUCGGUGACUCCUCCUAUGCCAAAUUCAAUUUUGUGGCCAAGAAGCUGCACCGCCGGCUGCUUCAGCUCGGAGGCAGCGCCCUCCUGCCUGCAUGCCUUGCUGAUGACCAGCAUGAGCUGGGGCCCGAUGCCGCCAUUGACCCCUGGUUGGGUACCCUGUGGGAGAAGGUGCUGGGCCUGCACCCGGUGCCCCUGGACCUCCCUGAGAUCCCCUCUGGAGUCCCCUUGCCCUCCACAUUCAUCCUCCAGCUCUUCCAGGAUGCACCCAGCACAGUCCCCCAGGAGUCAGCCACAUCCAGUCUGGACUCUUCUCAGCUCCCAUCAGAGUCCCAGCCCUUCUUGGCACCCAUGGUCAUGAACCAGAGGGUCACGGGCCCCUCACACUUCCAGGACGUGCGGCUAAUUGAGUUUGAUAUCACUGGCUCUGGCAUCAGCUUUGUUGCCGGCGAUGUGGUACUGAUUCAGCCAUCCAACUCAGCUGCCAAUGUCCAGCAGUUCUGUCAGGUGCUGGGCCUGGACCCUGAUCAGUGGUUUACACUGCAGCCUCGCGAGCCAGGUGUGUCCUCUCCACCAGGGCUGCCCCAGCCUUGUUCCGUGUGGCACCUUGUGACUCGAUACCUGGACAUAGCCAGCGUGCCCCGCCGCUCUUUCUUUGAGCUCCUAGCCUGCCUGUCCCCACAUGAGCUGGAGCGGGAAAAGCUGCUGGAGCUCAGCUCAGCCACAGGCCAGGAGUUACUGUGUGAAUACUGCAGCCGGCCCCGCAGGACCAUCCUGGAGGUGCUGUGUGACUUCCCACACUCUGCAGGUGCCAUCCCCCCAGACUACCUGCUGGACCUCAUCCCACGGAUCCGGCCAAGAGCCUUCUCUAUCACCUCAUCCCUGCUGGUUCAUCCUAACAGGCUGCAGAUCCUCAUGGCUGUGGUGCAGUAUCAGACCCGCCUCAGGGAGCCCCGCCGGGGUCUCUGCUCCUCCUGGCUGGCCUCCCUGGACCCUGGGCAAGAUCCUAUCCGAGUGCCUCUGUGGGUGCGGCCAGGCAGCUUGGCCUUCCCGGAGUCCCCAGACAUACCUGUGAUCAUGGUGGGACCUGGUACCGGCGUGGCCCCCUUCCGAGCAGCCAUCCAGGAGCGUGUGGCCCAGGGCCAGACUAGUGAGUGCAGGGAUCCCAGGCUGGGUCACCUCUGGGGCUGGCCCACAGGACCCCCAGCAUCUGUCCGGCCUGAGGCCACCCUGCACUCCCCAGGAAACUUCCUGUUUUUUGGCUGCCGCUGGCGGGACCAAGAUUUCUACUGGAAGGCUGAAUGGCAGGACCUGGAGAAGAGAGGCUGCUUGACACUCGUCACAGCCUUCUCCCGGGAGCAGGAACAGAAGGUGUACGUGCAGCACCGACUCCAGGAGCUGGGACCACUUGUCUGGGAGCUGUUGGACUGCCAUGGCGCUUACUUUUACCUGGCAGGCAACGCCAAGUCCAUGCCAGCAGACAUCACGGAGGUCCUGAUGUCCAUCUUCCAGGAGCAUGGUGGGCUCUCCGGACCUGAUGCUGCCACUUACCUUGCCAGGCUCCAGCGGACACUACACUUCCAGGCAGAGACCUGGGCCUGAGGGACCGCCCAUCAGCCCACAGUCAUCCUGAUAGCUGUCCUGGGCCCAUGGGUCAGUCCAGGGCAAAGCACUUGGUAGAGGAGCACCUCAACCCCCAGGCCUUUCCAUACCCUGGGGGUCCUCAGCUCUAACACUGUCCCACUGGUUGCCCUAGGGAUACCCCACCCUGCCCAUGCCCUGCCCCACUGGCCUUGCCUGUGUCCCUGACUCUGGCACAGGACACUGCUAUCUGCCCUGGGGAUUCCCCAGCACCUCCUAUGGCAGCUUGAGGUACCAUGCUGCUCCCAGAUGUCCAUAGCUCCCACAGGUUUAGGCUUAGACCAGAGGCCGCCAGGACUCCCACAGCCUCCUAAAUUGUGUGAAGAGGCCAGACCAGAGGCUGCCAGGACUCCCACAGCCUCCUAAAUCGUGUAAAGAGGCCAGACCAGAGCCUGCCUCUCCUGUCCUAGAAGCCUUGGCAGUAAACGUGGCCUCUGGGCAGCUGUUCCCAA